CGUGUUCGAACGUAAUUCAAAUAUUUUUUAAGGUGGUUAGUUUAUUUAAAUAGUAAUUAUUUAUGCAGCUUGUCUUGCUCAUCAUAAAAAUAAUGGACCAUUUAGGAACAUCGGAAACAUCUGGAGUUGUAGAUAUUCAAAAUGCUGUUCUGGGCGAAACCAAACAAGUAUUGGAGAUCAUGGAGGAAUCAAAAGAAAAAGUUUCAAACCUACAGGAAGACCUGAAGCAAGCUGAAGAUAGUAUUGAACAACUGGAAAACUCUAUUAGGAUUCGCAAAAACACAAAAAAUGAUAACUUGGCAAUCAUAGAAUCUAAUGAAACCUUCAGAGAUGAUGUUAAAGAGCUGAAUAGAAAAUUUCUUACUUCUGCCCAAUUAAUUUAUUCUUGUGGUCAGGAAUUUUUCCAAGAACAGAGUUUAUAUGAAACUCAAUUAGAUAAAAGAGAGGGAAUGAUAAGUGAAGAAACGUAUAAUUCGAUGGUGAAAGAAUAUGAAGCUCGAGAAAAAAACCUGUCUGCUGAGUUGAAAAAAAUCGAUGAACAAAACCUUGAACUUAAAAAAAAUUUGCGAGCAAAGCACCAAGAAAAUGAAAACCUAAAUAUUGAACUGAGUAAUUUAAUCAGGGAAGAAGAAUUUUUCAAAAAACAAUAUUUAGAAAAAGUACAUGUUUUGGACCAGGAGAAGGCAAUGUAUUCUACAGAAAUCGAAAGUCUGAGUAACAUAAUUGCUUUAAUGGAUCAUGACCUGUGUGGAAUGCUUCGCUCCAUAGAUGAUACAAUUAAAAGGAAUGCAAACUUAGAACAAUCAAUAACAGAACGUUUGGAUGACACUGACAAAAAAAUAGAAGGACUGCAGAAAGAAUUCUUUGCUAAAAAGAAACAUUUUGAAGAUCUGACAAAUCUUAGAAAUGAUAUGAACACUGAAAUUAUGAAAACUGAAUCGUCAGUAAAACUGACAGAGGUUCAAAUUUUGCAAACAGAUAUCGAGAAGAAAGAUAUCGAAUCGAAAUUAAUGACACUGGAACAAACUAGUAUCGGUGCAAUUAAGGCACAUGAAGAUUUUAUCACAUCUUAUGAAAAAAGAGCAGCAGAUGAGAAACAAGUGAAUUUUAAAAUAUCUGCGGAGUUAAAGGCCCUAGAGUUAAAAAUUGAAACAUUUGAUAAAGAAAUUCAAGUUAUGAAGAACUAUUCAGAUGAUAUUGAAGGUUUACCAGAAACUGAUUUGGAAAAACAACAUGAGCAAAAACAAGCUAUUAUAAAUGAAAUAAAAACAACAAAGCAGCAAUUAAGUGAACAGUUGAAAAUUGUCAAGAUAGAACAACAAGAAAAGAUUAAAAAGGAACAAGAUGAAAUUACCAGUAUGGAAAAAACUAUAAAACAAUUUGAAACUGACAUCAGCACUACAGAAGAGAAAAUUAACAAAUUGAAAGCUGAUGAAGAGUUAAUAAUCACAGAAAACUUAGAAUUGGAGAAAAAAUGGAUUGAACUAGAACGAGAAAUUGAAAAACUGAAAGAGGCAGUACGCGCCAGAAAUGACGACAUUUUCCGCGUACCUGAUAAAAUUUUAGAGUCUACAUCUGUUACACCCAAAAUAGUACCAAAAAUUCCACCAAGCAAAUUUCGUAACUGGGACAGUGAUACCAGUAUUGAGAGUGAGGAUAGAUCUUUCGCAGAAAGAGCAAGACAGAAGAUUAAAAAAAUGAAAAAAAAGAUAUAACUAAAUCCAGGUUCCAAAAAUGUUUCACAAAAUAAUCACAUGAAUAAUACAUCAAGUAACUAAAAAAGUAUCCUCAGUUUCUAUGAAUUUAUUUUCAUAUAUUAUUAUGAUUUUCAGAGUUUAUUUCAAAUUAAAUGCAAAAAUUGUAACUUAAGUUUUGAUAAUUGCUUACAAGUUAUAAUAGAUACUUGUUUUGUUAGUUAUUUUAUAUGUUGUUAUUAGAAUUUCUAUGGCAUUAAAUUUCAAAAAUUA